AUGGCUUUCACUGAGACUUUGGUGAGACCCAAGAGCGUUCCAGUGAAUGAACUGCCUGACCAGACUUCUUUCCAGAACGUCAAUCACGCUUUCAUCCUCUCCCCCGGAGGAACGUUCUGUUACAAAGAACGACCCACACCCAAGAUCGAGUCAGAGCGGGAUGUGAUAGUGAGGGUGGUUGCAACGGGACUCUGCGGCUCAGAUGUCCACUACUGGCAACAUGGAAGAAUAGGACGAUACGCAGUCAAUAGACCAAUCGUCUUGGGCCACGAGUCUUCUGGUGUGAUUGUCGCCUGCGGUAGCAACGUUGACGGGCUCAAGGUGGGCGACCGUGUUGCCCUUGAGCCCGGCAUAUCCUGCAACACCUGCAAGUACUGCCGUAGUGGUCAUUACAAUCUUUGCAAAUCCAUGGUCUUCGCGGCCACUCCCCCUUACGACGGAACACUGUCUACCUUCUAUAAAGUCCCGGCCGAGUGCUGCUACAAGCUGCCAGUGCAUAUCUCCCUGAGAGAUGGUGCGCUGGUGGAGCCCCUUAGUGUCGCGGUUCAUGCCUGCCGCUUGGCUGGGGACAUGCAGAACAAGAGCGUUGUGGUCUUCGGUGCCGGUCCAGUUGGGUUGCUUUGUUGCUCUGUUGCGUCUGCGUUUGGAGCAGCAAAGGUGGUGGCGGUCGAUGUUGUGAAAACUCGACUGGCCACUGCAACCAAAUACGGUGCCACUCACCGGUACGAGAUGGACGCUGAGAAGAAAAAUGCCGAGGAACUAUCGGCAACCGCAGCCCUAGAAGAUGGGGCCGAUAUUAUUCUCGACGCCACAGGGGCCGAGCCAUGCUUGAAUUGCGGUCUCGAUAUUCUUCGCUCGGGAGGCACAUUCGUCCAGGUGGGUCUCGGAAACCCGACUUUGAUGUUUCCCGUGGGCCAGGUUUGUGAUAAAGAGGUUGUAUUCAAGGGGAGUUUCCGGUAUGGCCCUGGAGACUACGCCUUGGCCAUUGGGCUGUUGGAAUCCCGAAGAGUUCAGCUGGAUGGCAUGGUGACCCAUGAGUUUUCCUUUUGGAAGGCUCAAGAGGCAUUCCAAAAUGUUGUCCAUCGACAGGGUAUCAAGUGCAUCAUUUAUGGCCCGGGGAUUGACGAGGAAUGGGCUCGAAUAGCGGACUGA